GUGUCUUCACUAUAUAAAUGCACCUUAUGAUCCAGUUGCUUGUCAGCCAGAGAGGAAGGACUUUUAAAAAACACAAAUGUCAGCAAAUACUUCUGGAGAACUGUGCAAAACGGAUAAACUCAUCAAGAAAAGCAUCCUAAUUGAAGAUGGAAAUCCUGCUCGAUAUCGUCUGCAAACAACAACAGAUAAUCAGAAUCAAUCUGAGUCAUACAGAAAAAUCAUCAUUGGUAAAAGAGACCCAGAGAAAGCUCAUAAAAUCAUUCUGAUUGUGGGAGUAACAGGCACUGGAAAAACAACCCUCAUCAACACUAUGAUCAACUACACGUGUGGUGUUCAGAGAGAAGACAAGAUCUGGAUUGAGAUCACAGAUGAUCAGAGUGACAGAACAUCAGCUCACAGUCAGACCUCCAUCAUCACUGUCUAUGGUGUUUAUAUACCAGAGAGUUCAGUCGACCUAACAAUCAUUGACACAUCAGGAUGUGGAGACAGUCGUGGUACUGGUCAUGAAAAAGAGAUCGCCAGGAGUUUACAGCAUUUAUGUAAAUCUGAUCAUUUGGUCCAGCAAAUCGAUGCUCUUUGUCUUGUGAUUAAAGCAGAUCAAACUCGACUCACUGACAGACAACAGUACAUAUUUGAUGCUGUUCAGUCAUUAUUUGUUGAAGAUAUUGAAGAAAACAUUGUGUUACUCUUCACACACUCAAAUGGGCUUCCUCCUAACAAAGCUCUGACAGCCGUCAAAGAAGCUAAAGUCAAGUGUGCUGUAAAUGAGGAGAACCAGCCCAUCUAUUUUCUGUUUGACAACUGUCAGUCAGAGACUCUUGAAGAAGAAUAUCAAACAACCCAGAAACAAUCAUGGGAUCUCAGUUAUAAAGGAGUGGCACAGUUUUUUAAGUUUCUUGACAAAAUCAAUUCAAAAACCUUAAAUUUGACUCAACAAGUGCUGAAACAUCGAAAACAGCUGGAGGCAAACAUCUGUAAUCUCCAAUCACGUGUUCAAGAGAUAGAACUGAAACAAAAUGAGCUGAAGCAGACUAAAGAAGCUCUGGAGAAACACAAGCAAGAUGUUGAAGAAAAGGAUAACUUUGAGUACACAGUUCAAGUGCCCUACAAUGUAAAGGUUGAUAUUGAUCCUGCUGUAGCUAAAAAGGCAUUGUUGUGCACCGUCUGUGAGGAGAACUGUCACUAUCCAGGAUGCUGGUGGGUUACAAAUCUCGCCUGGUGUGAAGUGAUGAGAAAAAAAUACUGCACAGUGUGUACAAAUAAAUGCCACUACAGCAAACAUGUCAAAGAAGGUAAAAUAUAUGCAGUAAAGUCUAGAGAAGAGAAGAUGACCUAUGAAGAUUUAAAGAAGAAAUAUGAAAACAAAAUGAGUGAUUAUGAGUCUUUGGUCAACAAGCUGAAGGAUGAAGUACAUGAAUUAGAGAAAGACAAAUUAAAGCUGCUGAUUGAAGCUUAUCACAGUGUGGAGUCUCUGGAGAUGAUCGCUCUGAACACUGGUUCUCUGUUCAUACUUCAGCACAUUGACUUUCUCAUUGAGAAGUUGAAAGAAAUCAAAGAGCCUGAAAAAGCUGAACAUCUUGAGAACAUCAAGAAGAUAACAAAUCAAGAAUCACUUGCAAAUAUGAAAAAGAUUACAAAGAAAUAAACAAGAUUAAAGCUCAUUAAAGGGGUCAAAUGACAUUGCAGAAACAUAUAUUAAUGUUUGUUUUAGAUGUAAUGCAAUGUGUAUACACGAUUUAAGGUUAAAAAAAACAAAGUAUUUUCCACAUACAGUGCAUGUUUGUCUCUCCUCUUUGACCCGCCUCUCUGAAAAGCGAGGUGUGCUAUCAUUGGCCAGUUAGCCAGUGCAUAGUGAUUGGUAGAAUACUUCAAGCGUGUGACUGAAAUAUUACGCCUCUUACCAUAUUUGGAACAUUAUGUUCCCAAGCAAUUGUACUGACAGGUGAUAAACAUCCAUCGGUACUUUCAUUAUCAAUUCGAACCCGAAUCUGAACCAGAAAAUGAAGAUGAUCAAGCCGAUACAUCAACUUUGCCGGCGUGUCUUGAGCAGGAUGUAAAGGCUUUGUAAGGUUUUUUAAAUAUAUAUUAUGCUAAAUAGUUAAAAACUUUAAGUAUAAAAAAUGUUUUACCUUUAAAGUAUGAUGUUAUAAAGAUUUGCCGUUAGUGAUCAACCAAUGUUACGCCAUGCCGAUUAUAACAAUGCAAAUAACAUAAAGUUUCUUGUACAGACCGAUCUAAUGGCUUUAUAAGAAGUCAAUCGUUAUGAGCCGCGGGAAUUACUUUUGUAAUGAAUGUAGCAGCGUUUUGGACUUUCAAAUGCGUGCCGUCUCAGGAUGUGCAUUUCCUAAAGCAAACCAGUCUUAAAGUUUCUCAACUUAUUUGAAAUGUAAAGGUGGGCCAGGUAAAGAUGAUUGGGAGGCCGCAUUCAGCCGGCGGGCCGCCAGUUGACUAUCCCUAAAACAAGAACGUUUGAUUUUAUCUAGUAUCUAUCUGUGUUUUCGAUUUCACAUGUGUUCAUUAUUUAUCUACGUUAGCCUAUGUUCACGUUUGACUUAUUUUUUGAAGUUGCUAGCGUUUGUAUAAUCCUAUUGAGUAAAUUGUUUUUUCAAAGAGUCCUGAGCGCUUUUUUUAAACACCAGCUCCUGCGACUUUUUCUGCAGCUCAGAGCGUCUUUGAAAAAUGUUCAACUUUUCUGAAAAAAGCACACCCUACAUGAAGCUCCUUACCCCAGCUAACCAAUGACUGAAACCUGUCGUUUCUAUAACAACAUGCCAUGGACAUAAUUGAUUGAGAAGGCUCCAGCUCGAAAAAAUUUAAUUGCAUUUGAAACACCCGUUGGAGCAUAGUUUUGUGUAAAUGUAAGUUUAAUUUUCUCAUCAACAACUUCUGAUUGCAUUUCUAACGAGAAAUAAGUAUUCUAGUUUUUAAAUAUGUGAUUAGUUAUUGGAAAGACGCUCUUUGUUUGUAAUCCAAAUCUGUUUCUCUGGGCUGCCUCCAUGCACCAACGCCGACGACGAAGUCAUGGAGUUCUGCGCCCGUUUGUAGCCAUACGCUGCCAGCGUUUUUAUUUACUUAAAAACGACUUGCUCAACUUUUUCUUCUCAAAAAAUAAGUUAUGUGUAAACAUGGGAUUAUUUGUUAUUAUGUGAACGGUAACGUUUAAGCGGAUAUCAUUGUAACAGUAUACGCCAUGUUGAAUGCUAACUUAACUUACGUGCUUGUGUAACUGUUACUAUAACACCUGUGUUUCUUUGUGCCCUCAAUCGGUGUCCUUUGUACUUUUUCCUGAAUUCAACAGUGUAAACCUUCAGACUGGCUAAUUCAUAUUUUAAAUAACUUUUUUAAUAUAUUUUUAUUUUAAUAUUUGUAUAUUGCCUUUUAAUUUUCAUUUACUGUUUAACUGCUUUGUUUUUCAAUUUUCUGUAUUGUACUUUAUUUAAUAAAAGCUUUUUUUGACGGUU